CCGCUCCGCUCGGCCCAUGGCGGCGGCGGCCCCCGGCGCGGGGCUCUCGGCGGGCUGGCACGCGCUGGGCGCCGGCCUCGUGCCGCCCGCCGCGCUGGGGCUGGCAGCACCCAGGUCUGGACCAGUGGAACCGCUGAAGGACAGCGACUUGCAGGCCGCUUUGGAAGUGCUGCGGAGCUAUGACUUGCACUGUGUCAUAGAGGAAUGGUUCAUUCAAGUUUUACAGACAGAUCUUCAGACAAAUAUAGCUCCUGAAUUCUGGAACUGCAUUGGCCAGUAUGAAAACACAGCUGAGGAGCCCCAGUGCUCCUUACUCCUCCUGGAUGCUUUUUGUCUGCUCAAGUGCCGCCUAGACCCUUAUCUAAACAGUCUAGAUCUUCUGGAAAAAUGGACCAAAGCAGGCUUGCUCCUUGGAACGGGUUCCCAGAUGCUACGAGAGAAAGUGUACACCAUGUUUAAAGCCAUCCUCUUCUUCUCCACUACAAAGACCUUCCAGGAGAUGAUCCAGCAGUUCUACAGCCGCACCUUCAGGAUAUAUAUGCAGCAGUGGAAGAAAGGAGAAGAUGGAAUGAAUGAGUGUGAGAGCAGUAUGAGUGAAAAUGAUCAAGAGAGUGAUACAGAAGAGGGAGGAGGAGACAGCCAGCAGUGUGCAGGCUGCAACAGUAAGAAAGACCAGUGCUGGUGUCCCACAGCCAUGGAGCAAUUUCAGCAGCUCAGUGAGAUCCUCCACAGGCUGAACCUGUUGGAAAGGGUGAGUUCUGAUGCUGUGACAACUAUCCUGCACAAGAUGAUUGAGGAGAGGAUGGAGCGGAGAUGCAGGGGUGAAUACGAGCGCUCUUUUCUGAACGAGUUCCAGGAGUGGAUUGAGAAGGUGAUUGGCUGGCUCAGCAGAGUGUUCCUCCAGGACAACCCUGUUGCCCACCCUGACCUGGAGGCCAGCAGUACCCUGAAGCGCUGGCGGUGCCAUGUCCAGAGGUUCUUCUACCGUAUCUAUGCCAGCAUGCGUAUUGAAGAGCUCUUCAGCAUUAUACGAGAUUUUCCAGAGUCAAAGCCAGCUGUGGAGGAUCUCAAGUUCUGCUUGGAAAGGACUAAUCAGAGGCAGCAACUGCUCAGUUCCCUGAAAAGUGCUCUGGAAAUGCGACUUCUUCACCCAGGGGUCAACACCUCAGACAUCAUUACUCUCUACAUCUCGGCCAUCAAGGCAUUGAGGGAGCUGGACCCUUCCAUGGUUAUUCUGGAGGUGGCUUGUGAGCCUAUCAGGAAGUACCUGAGGACCAGGGAGGACACAGUACGACAGAUUGUGGCAGGUCUCACAGGUGAUGCUGAAGGAUCUGGUGACUUAGCAAACGAGCUCUCCAAAGCUGACCCAGUGACGCUGGAAAAUGGCCAGGAGAGUGAUGAUGACAUCUCAGAGCCAGAAGAUUGGGUGCCUGAUCCAGUUGAUGCAGACCCAGGGAAGUCGAGCUCCAAACGCCGCUCCUCAGACAUUAUCAGCCUGCUGGUGAGCAUCUAUGGCAGCAAAGACCUGUUCAUCAAUGAAUAUCGCACAUUGCUUGCUGACCGGCUGCUGCACCAAUUCAACUACAGCGCGGAAAGGGAAAUUCGCAAUGUGGAGCUGCUGAAGCUGCGAUUUGGAGAAGCCCAGAUGCACUAUUGUGAGGUCAUGUUAAAGGAUAUGGCUGACUCACGACGCAUUAAUACCAACAUCCGUGAUGAGGAGGAGAAGCUCCCAGAGGAGGAGAAACCCCCUUUCAGUCUUGUUGCUGUUAUCCUGUCCAGCGAGUUUUGGCCCCCACUGAAAGAGGAGAAGCUGGAGCUCCCAGACCAGGUUAAGGAAGCUAUGGAUGCCUACUCCAAGAAGUAUGAGAAACUGAAGGCCAUGAGGACUCUGAACUGGAAAUAUCACCUGGGCCUGGUGAACUUGGAUGUGGAGCUGGCAGACCGCACACUCUCCCUCUCUGUCACUCCUGUGCAUGCUGCCAUCAUCCUGCACUUCCAGACCAAGAGUACAUGGACACUGACAGAGCUGAGUGAAGUGCUCAAAGUGCCUGUGAUGUCGCUCAGGCGUAAGAUGACACUGUGGCUGCAGCAGGGCGUUCUCCGCGAGGAACCACAGGGUACAUUCACAGUGAUCGAGGAGGAGCAGAAGGAUCAGGCAGAGAAGGUCGUUCUGAUAGACAGUGACGAAGAGGGUGACUCUGCCAUGGCUUCUCAGGCUGACCAGAAAGAGGAAGAGCUGCAGCUGUUCUGGACAUAUAUCCAAGCAAUGCUGACUAACCUGGAGAGCCUGUCUUUGGAGCGGAUUCACAGCAUGCUGAAGAUGUUUGUGAUGACGGGCCCAGUGGUGACAGAGAUUGACAUCCAGGAACUGCAGGGCUUCCUCCAAAAGAAAGUCCGGGACCAGCAGCUAAUCUAUUCUGGGGGUGUCUAUCGCCUGCCCAAGAACUGCAGCUAAAGAAGGAGCACUCCCUGAUCCCUUGGCACUGCUUCCUUCCUGCCUGCAUUCAGAUCUUCAGUCAUACUUCCUUCAGGUGGCAUCUGCCAGCCCUGAUAAACAUAGUCCCCAUCUCAUCACUAGGAAAUCAUGGUUCUGGAGUGCAUCUUCUCUCCAUUGUCUUCCCAUUCCCGCAUGGAGAUAGCCCCAUAGCUCUCUGAGCUGUAGAACAGAGCACCCUGGAGAGCAUGGUGGUGCUGCAGCAAGCAGAGGGCUGGUCCUGGUAAAGUUUUGGGUCUUGCAUGUCCAUGUGCAUUUUGCUGGUCAAUAAAAACAGCCUUGUUUCUCA